AUGGAAGAUGGAGAAGGUGAAACAAGCACUGGCUUGAACAUUUCAGAAGGUGAAAGCAACAAAAAGUCAUCCUAUGCUAUGAAAGGUAAUGAAAAAAUAGAUUUGGUUCGUUCUAGCAUUCGAAAACAACUAAUUCCUGUGAUUGGGAUGGAGUUUGAGACAGAAGACUUAGCAUUUAAAUUUUAUAAUGCAUAUGCAUACAAUAUUGGUUUUAGUAUUAGAAGAAGUAGCUGUCACAAAUUCAAAAGUGGCCAGUUGAGAGACAGGCUUUUUGUUUGCUUUGCUAAAGGUAAGCGUGAAAUUGAUAAGCGUGUUUCUAAUGUGAAAUAUCAUCGUGCUGAGACAAGAUGUGGAUGCUUAGCAAGGAUGAAAAUUAGUUGUCAUUUGAAUGAUAAGUAUCGUGUCAUAGAAUUUGUUUCUGAGCAUAACCAUGAAUUGCUCCCCAAAGCAGCUCUUGAAUUUUUAAGUAGACAAGCUGGUGGUCGGGAAAGUCUUGGAUUUAUUCCUGAUGAUUACAAGAACUACUUGCAUUCAAAACGAACAAGAGAAAUGAAGUUAGGAGAUACAGGUGGUGUGUUAGAGUAUCUGCAACAAAUGCAAUUGAUUGAUCCUAAUUUUUUUUAUGCUAUACAAGUGGAUGAAGAUGAUUUGAUCACUAAUAUUUUUUGGGCUGAUGCGAGGAUGAUGGUAGAUUGUGAUUAUUUUGGUGAUGUAGUAUGUUUUGAUACUACCUAUAGAAAAAAUAAAGAAGGAAGACCUUUUGCAAUGUUUGUUGGUGUCAAUCACCAUAAGCAAACUAUUAUAUUUGGUGCUGCAUUAUUAUAUGAUGAGACAAUUCAAACUUUUACAUGGUUGUUUGAUACUUUUGUGAAGGCUAUGUCUGGAAAAAAGCCAAAGAGCAUUCUUACAGACCAAGAUGUAGCAACGUCUGCAGCAUUAUCUUUAAAAUGGCCAGAAACAUCUCAUCGUUUAUGUAUUUGGCACAUAUAUCAGAAUGCAGCCAAACACCUUAGCGGUGUUUUUGAGAAGUUCAAAGAUUUCAGCAAAGAUUUUAGUAGUUGCAUAUAUGAUUAUGAGGAUGAAGAUGCUUUUCUAAAUGCUUGGAAUAGUAUGCUUGAAAAAUAUACUCUCGUGGGCAAUGAUUGGUUGGUUGAAGAUCGUCGUUACGAAGAGUUGAAAGCUGAAUUUAAAGCAAGUCAAAGUUCCCCAACAUUGUCAUUUCCCGUAGAAAUAUUGAAGCAUGCAGCAAAUGUGUAUACACCGAAAGUGUUUAAAGUGUUUCAAGAUGAGCUAUGUAAGGCUUAUGAUUGUGUUUUGCACUUCAAUAAUGAGAUGGGAACAAUCAGCAAGUAUGAAGUUAUCCCGUAUGGGAAGAAUUGGCAACAUACAGUUACAUUUGACUCAACAAAUAAUGUAACUUUAUGUAGUUGUAAAAAGUUUGAGUUUGCAGGAAUCUUAUGUGCACAUGCCUUGAAGGUUCUUUCUACAAGAAAUGUUAAAAGUAUCCCAGCUCAAUACAUCUUGAAGAGAUGGACAAAAAAUGUGAAGGCUAUGAGUGCAAAAAUUAAUUCAUCUUCAAGUACAAAUGACCCUAAGGUAGAAAUUGUAAAACGUUAUAGAGAGUUGUGUCGGUUCCAUACUCAAUUAGCAACAAGGGCAGCAGGGUGUGGUAAGGCGUAUGAAAUUGUUAUACGACGAUUGAAUCAGACUUUUGACGAGGUGGAUGCAUUUAGAGGAAUCAAAAUUAAAGAAAGAGUUGUUGGUAGUUCUAAAAGGCCAAAAAAUGCUUUGGAGAAGCUGACAAAGAAGAGAAGAACUCGAAAAACAGAAUUGCAAAAUUCAAGCAGUGUUGAUUCAAUAUGUGUUCCUACUACGAAAGCUGUUCCAGCACCUCCAUCAGAAAUUUCACAGGAACUUGUUGCUAUCAAUAAUUUAAAUAUGGAAUUUCCAGUUAGCAUGGUCAACUUAUUGCAGGCACAAUCACCAUUGGAAGGAGAUUUUGGGUUGUUUAGCUCUCAAUUCACAGGGUGGAAACAUGGGGGCACAGGGACUUUGGUAACAGGAAAAUCGGACUCGCCUCUUGCAGGCUUUUACUAUUCCAAGACAGCCUUUGUUGUUCCAAAAUUUAAUAAAUGCAUUGAAGAGCCAAAGUCUAUUCGUCUGAAGAGUGAAAGAGGAGUUCCAGAUUUGGUGAUUGGGUUUGACAAGGCUGCUGGAGAAAAUUUUGCUGAUGUGGCUGGCCUAUUUUAG